AUGAUUGGUUUAAAAGAGUAGCCAGUUAAAGUUCAAAAUACUGCAUUCUGAUUGGCUACUUGAGAGAAUGGUGCCACUUAAUAUGGUUAUUGACUACUUCCACCACAUAGGGAGCACAGAGUUGCUGCUGAACCUCUGCAAACUUUACCUGCAACCCAAGUUCAGUUCUCACUUCCUUCAAUACUAAAGACACCCUGCUAGUAAGAUUUUGUGAAUCCCUUAAAUGUCUUUGAUUUGAUUAAUUUUACUCAUUUCAUUAUUAUUUUUUUGCUGCAGCUACUCAGCAGAACCCCCGUGUCUGAUGCCAGGGAUAGUGUGAAGAUGGAAUCUGUCCCCAUUAAAGAGGAGCUCCCUGAGCUUGAACUCGUCCCCAUUAGACUGGUUUUCUCCGGAUUGCCUUCCCUCCCCAUGAAACAGGAGAUGCCAUGUGACAGCAUCAAGUCAGAGGUGCCUGGUAUUAAAGAUGAGAGCAAUGAACUGGAGAUCCCCCAGACAGCAGGACCAGGUCCCAUAAAAGAAGAGGUGCUGGAAAUGCAGCCACUAAGCAGAAGCAUGUGUGAUGCCAUGGACAGUGUGAAGACUGAAUCUGACCCGAUUAAAGAGGAGCUCCCUGAACUUGAAGUGGUUCCCAUUACACUGUUAUCUGCACUGGCUUCCCUCCCCAUUAAACAGGAGCUCUGUGAGAUCAUGCCAUGCAGUGGCAUCAAGCCAGAGGGGUGUGCUGGGAUUAAAGCUGAACCCAGUGAAUUGGAGAUCUGCCAGACAGAAGAACCCGUUUCCUUGAAAGCAGCCCCCCCUGCGCUGGGUCCUGUACGCCUGCGGGCGUGUAGUGUGGUGCUGAAGAGAAUCUACCUGAGAGUGCAGGGCGCUGGAGCAGAAGCCAGCUCUCCCAACAGCAUGCGAGGAUGUGGAAAGGAAGACGGGGGGAGCUCCCAUUCAGAGUGCAGUCCAGCAGGUUCCAGAACAGCAGCUAAAGCAAGGGCGAGCAGUGACUGUGGGAAUGGUGUCACCAAGUCAGGAGGUUUUAGAAUACUCCAGCGAACGCGCAGAGGAAAGAAACCGUAUCUCUGCUCUGACUGUGGGAAGAGUUUCAGUCGUUCAGAAAACCUUGCAACACACCUGCGAAUUCACACAGGAGAGAAACCAUUUCACUGCUCUGACUGUGGGAAGAGGUUUAGUCAUUCAGCAACCCUUGUAAUACACCAGCGAAUUCAUACAGGAGAAAAACCGUAUCACUAUUCUGAAUGUGGGAAAGGGUUCAGUCACUUGGGAGAUCUUGUAAAACACUGGCGUGUUCACACAGGAGAGAAACCGUAUCAGUGUUCUGACUGUGGGAUGAAGUUUAAUCAGUCAGGACACCUUAAAACACACCAGCGAACACACACAGGAGAGAAACCGUAUCGCUCUGACUGUGGGCAGAGUUUCAGUCGGUCAGGAAACCUUGCAUCUCACCAGCGAAUUCACACAGGAGAGAAACCGUAUCAGUGUUCUGACUGUGGGAUGAGGUUUAAUCAGUCAGGACACCUUAAAACACACCAGCGAACACACACAAGAGAGAAACCGUAUCGCUGUGACUGUGGGAAGACGUUCAGUUCAUCAACAAACCUUGUAUCACACCAGCGAAUUCACACAGGAGACAAACCAUAUCACUGCUCAGACUGUAAGAAGAGUUUCAUUCAGUCAGGAGAUCUUGUAAAACACCAGCGUGUUCACACAGGAGAGAAACCAUAUCACUGUAAUGAUUGUGGGAAGGGUUUCAGUUCGUCAGGAUACCUUGUUGUACACAAACGACUUCACACAGGAGAGAAACCAUAUCGCUGUUCUGAUUGUGGGACGAGGUUUAAUCAGUCAGGACACCUUAAAACACACCAGCGAACUCACACAGGAGUGAAACCGUAUCACUGUUCUGAUUGCGGGAAGAGUUACAGUGAUUCAAGAGACUUUGUAAAACACCAGCGAAUUCACACAUGAUAAAAAAUGCAUUGCUGCUCUGACUGUGGGAAGAGUUUUUAUAAGUCAUGACACCUUGUAAGACACGAGUGAAUUCAUGCAAGAGAGAAACCAAAAAAAAAACACCUUUAGAUUUCAGUGAUGUUCCGUAUGAAAUAACUUUGGUCUGUUUUGUUCAGAAGAGCCAGCUUCUGUUUCAUUGUCACAGAGCUGCCUAGUGUGGGUGCCUGAGCUGUGGAGACAGACCCUGCCAAAAAUCUUUAACCCUUUGAGUAGUACGAAUGUACCGGUACGUCAUUGAAUUAAUGGUCCCCAGGGAGUAUGAAUGUACUGGUACGUUAUGCAAAUUUUGAGCUUUUGAAUUUGAAUUUUGAACUACAAUUACUGGGUCUACAAAACUGCUGAUAAUCUGAUAUUGUAACACUAGGUGUCUGUAACACCUUGUAAUGGUCUCUUGCGUCAUCUGCCAGAUACCGACAGAAUUACACACACCAAACCCAGUCAAAAAAUGUCCACAAUGUCUGGAAAACGGUGGGAAAUGCUCUGUGGGAAAGAAGUACGAGAAAUUAUACUGAAUUCCGAUUUAAAUUCUUCUACUGAAUCAGGCGUUAGUGAAAAUAUCAGUGAAGAAUAUUUACCUUCCUCGAGUGGCCCAAGCUCAGACAAUGUGACAGGGAUCACUGAGCUACAUUUUCCUCACUGCCUUCACCCUCACCACGUGUUUACCCGGACGUGUUGUUGAUCCUGAUCGUUGUUUAUUGAGUACCUGUUACUUUUGUCAAAACCUUUCGCUAUGACAAAAUAACGAUUAAUAUUUAUUUGUUUUGUUUAUUUACUAUAAGAAAUAGUUGUUUACAUAUUUUCAUUGUGUAAUAAAUUGCUAAUAGGCCUACCAACAGAUGUGUCGAUGUGAGGAGUGUAAAUAUGAGAAAUUAAAAAAAAAACUCACUCCAGUGGGCCCAUCCAAACAUUCUAAAACUUACUACUCAAAGGGUUCAUUCAUAUAUUUAGGAAAAGUCAAAAACUGGCUGUGGCAGCACGAUUGCCCUGCACAAUGGGGAAUUUAGUGUUGGUGUAAUUUGUAUGUGGAAGUGGGUUUAUUGUGUAUCAUUGUGGGAGUUGAUUUUCUGUGAUUAGAUUAUUGUUUACAGACGGGCGCUCCAUUGAGACUUGCUGCCUGCUAGGUUUGGUUGAGGGGAAGGAGAGGGGAAGGUUUGGUUGACAGCAAGUGAUUGGCUGUGCUGUUCCUCAAGCGGCAGGUGGGCGAGUCUUGACCGAGUGUCCGUCAGUUUAAAAACAUCCAGUGGCGAUCGCUCUGGGCGACUGCAAUGCCAUACUUCAGAGGGGAGCUGUGUAUACUCAGGAAGAGAGCAUCUGCUCUGCAGGAACGGGAGCUACGCAACCCUGCAACUGCAAGGCCGUGUGAAGCAGCAGGAGUCGUCAUCUGAACACCGGCUCAUUAGUAGAUUAGUUUAGGGGAUAGUAAUCCCAUGUAAUGUACAGCGAGGGUUAUGUAGUGUAGCCGGUUCCUGGAGCGGGACGUCUCGUUUAUAAGGCUAGCACUCGCCCUGUGUGUACCUUUUAUUUGUAGUUUUUGUAUUGUGUUUUAUUUUUCCUUUUGCACAGCUUGCUGUAUUUGUCCUCUGUGUGUUACCAUGGCUGGCAACAUCACAUGACCCUUUUGUUUACUUUCUGUUUUGUGAAUAAAUCCUGCGCGCCUGUGCUGGCGUUUAACUCCACCUUCCCAUGUCUGUGAUGCUUAAACAGUGGUUACCCACACACGGGAGACGAGCGCCCUGUCACACGGACACACACAUACGAUUUACAGCGGAAGAGUAUUUAACAUUUUAAAUGCAAAAUGGGUCAAACUGACCUGCAUGGCGGUUCUACUGUUAAAUGACUACAGUGAAAGGAAUUUGAUG